UGUGCUUGUCGGUCAGGGUGCAGGAGCUUGGCUGUGUGUAGAGAUGGUGCAGUGGUGUACAUGUCCGUCUGGUGUAUAAUGCCAGGCUCCAGGGGUAAAUGGGUUGUGCCCCCCACCCCUCCUGUCCAGGCCAGUCCCGGAACCCUCAUUACGAGGGACCAGUCUUGGUGCAUAGCCUCCUUUAACCCCCAGAACAAUGGACACGUUUUUCCGUCGUCAUUUCCGGGGGAAAUGCCGCGAGGCAAUCAGACGGCGACACAGCAGCGUGGCAGUGCCAGCGAGUAAAGUGCGGCGACGUUCAGGUGCCGGCCUGCCCUCUGCAGACCUCAUGCAGAGACGGAGGUCCAGCGUCCAACUUCAGGGAAAUGCCGUGGUCCAUAAGAGUAGUGCUGCUGCCCAAAAAAACACAGUCACGCAGAAACAUUGCAGCAUUCCUGCUCAGCUGCUUGGCCCAUCUCUUUUGCUUGCCAGUGUCAUCCAAAUGAGUGAAAAGAAGGAAAUGGAAGAAGGAAGUGAGGGAGGACAGUCCACUGCUUCAGACUCACAGAGCAACAGCAGCUGGGAGGAGCCUGAAGAGUCAGAGAUUGAGCCCUGUGAGUCGUGGUUAACUCAAAGUAUGUUAAUAGCAGAGAGAAUUCAGCCCCGCCCCUUCAUCCGCACACCACGCUGUUUACGCCGAAACUCCUCCCACUUGCUUCCAGCCGAGGCCGUGUAUCAUGGCCCUGGCAACUACGGGCUGUACGGGCGUUACCGGAGAAACAGCCAGGUGUGGAGGGCAACAAAUGUGGGGGGGCCUGCGUGGGCAGGGAGACGGAGCUCUGUGGCAUCUCGGGCAUACAGGAUGGGCUCCCCCUGGUGGCAGGGAAUGUACUACAAUCCAGAGUCGGACACAUGGAGUGGGUUCCUCUCGAAGGCCAUCGCUAAGUCAGGGCUCCAGCACCUGCCGUCUCAGCCCAGCAGUUCACUACUGGCCAAGUGUGACUUGGACAGAGAGAUACGCAGCACUGUGGACUGGAGCGAGUCAGCACUGUACGGCGAGCACAUCUGGUUCGAGACCAACGUCUCUGGAGAUUUCUGUUACGUCGGGGAACAGUACUGCUACGCCAAGACACUGCAAAAAUCUGUCGCUCGAAAGAAAUGUGCUGCAUGCAAGAUUGUCGUUCACAACAUCUGCAUCGAGCAGCUGGAAAAGUUAUCUCACAGGAAGUCUUCGCUUCAGGGGGAGUGGCUUGAUGAGCUACCACACAAAGACCCAUCUUUCAGAAUCAACUUCAGGUGUAAACCGUCAUUCAGGGAAUCAGGCUCUCGGAACAUUCGGGAACCUACUAUAGUGCGACAUCACUGGGUCCAUCGACGGCGACAAGAGGGGAAGUGCAAGCAGUGUGGAAAGGGAUUUCAGCAGAAGUUUGCUUUCCACAGUAAAGAGAUUGUGGCCAUUAGUUGCUCUUGGUGCAAACAGGCUUAUCACAACAAAGUGACAUGCUUCAUGCUGCAGCAGAUAGAAGAGCCAUGUUCGUUAGGAGCUCAUGCAGCUGUUAUAGUACCUCCUACAUGGAUAAUACGUGUCCGCAGACCUCAGUCCUCACUAAAGUCGAGCAAAAAGAAGAAACGAACAUCAUUCAAACGCAAAUCUAGCAAGAAGGGAGCUGAGGAGUCUCGAUGGAAGCCGUUCAUUGUAAGGCCCAUUCCUUCCCAGCUGAUGAAACCACUGCUGGUGUUUGUUAACCCAAAGAGUGGAGGAAACCAGGGGGCCAAAAUAAUCCAGUCAUUUAUGUGGUAUUUAAAUCCGCGGCAAGUCUUUGACCUGAGCCAAGGUGGACCUAAAGAAGGCUUGGAGAUGUACCGAAAAGUUCACAACCUGCGUAUUCUGGCAUGUGGUGGUGAUGGCACGGUUGGCUGGAUCUUGUCCACUCUGGAUCAGCUGCAGCUGAACCCUCAGCCUGCUGUAGCUGUACUACCUCUUGGGACUGGAAAUGACCUUGCCAGAACCCUUAACUGGGGUGGGGGUUACACAGAUGAACCCGUGUGUAAAAUCCUCUCUCAUGUGGAAGAUGGGAACAUUGUGCAACUUGACCGCUGGAACCUGGUUGUAGAGCCAAACACAGAGGCGGGACCAGAGGAGAAAGAUGAACAGGUUACGGACAAGCUUCCCCUAGAUGUUUUUAAUAACUAUUUCAGCCUGGGCUUUGAUGCUCACGUAACUCUGGAGUUUCAUGAGUCUCGAGAGGCAAACCCAGAAAAAUUCAACAGUCGCUUCAGAAACAAGAUGUUCUAUGCUGGGACGGCUUUCUCAGAUUUCCUCAUGGGAAGUUCAAAAGAUUUGGCCAAACACAUCAAAGUGGUGUGUGACGGUGUAGAUUUAACAUCUAAGGUCCAAGAGCUGAAGCUGCAGUGUUUGGUCUUCCUCAAUAUUCCCAGAUACUGUGCUGGCACAAUGCCAUGGGGAAACCCAAGUGAGCAUCAUGACUUUGAGCCUCAGCGCCAUGACGACGGUUGCAUCGAGGUCAUUGGUUUCACCAUGACGUCACUGGCAACGCUACAGGUCGGAGGUCAUGGUGAAAGGCUUAAUCAGUGUCGUGAGGUGACCCUCACUACCUAUAAAUCAAUCCCCAUGCAGGUGGAUGGAGAGCCAUGCAAGCUGGCUCCUUCCACCAUCCAGAUCUCGCUCAGAAACCAGGCCAACAUGGUGCAAAAAACCAAGAGAAGGACCUCUAUACCCCUGCUUAAUGAUCAGCAGCCGAUCCCAGAAAGGUUACGGAUCCGAGUGAACCGUAUCAGCAUGCAUGCCUAUGAAGAUCUUCAUUACCACAAAGACAAGCUUAAAGAAGCUUCAAUCCCAUUGGGGAUCAUCGUCAUCCCUGGAGACAGUGACCUGGAAACUUGUCGAGUACAGAUUGAGAAACUGCAAGAGGACUUUGUGUCAUGUCACCCAUCUCUCCAGCGACUGAUGCUGCAGGAAGGUGAUGAGACCAAAACCAAAACGCUGUCAUGUCAGAGAUUGUCACCAAAGUGGUGUUUUCUGGACUCAACCACAGCAGAUCGAUUCUACAGGAUUGAUCGAGCACAGGAACAUCUGCAUUAUGUGACUGAGAUCUCUCAGGAUGAGCUGUUUAUUUUGGACCCUGAGCUGGUAGUGACUGAGAGUGUGAGCACGUCACCAGGCAUGCCUGACUUGGUAGACUCAUCUGCAGAGAUCUCUUCAGCUCAACAUAAAUUUGCCUUCCCAUCAACCUCCUCGUCUCCUCCCUCCUCUCCAACACCCAGGAUUGCUGAGCUGCAGAAGACAUCUCAGAGGAAGCGUGUGUCCAGUGACAGCUCUGUGGCUGAGGCUCUGGCACACAGCGACUCGCUUCAAACAGACAAGCCAACACUGUGCAGGGCAGGGGGUGUACACCGCUCUAACACAACCGCAGCCGAUUUCAAUCAAGCUAACAGGUCAGAAAAGAAUGCUGUGAGCGUCAGUAGUCCAGUAUCAGCGGAUGUGCUAAUUGAGUGUGUGAAGAACAAGGACCAUCAGAGGCUAAAGGAGCUCCAUAAGCAGGGAGCAGACCUGUGUGUGCAGGACUCAGCAGGUCGCACAUUACUCCACCAUGCAGUGAAUGUGGCCAGUAAAGAAAUUGUCAAAUACAUCAUUGAUAACGCACCCAUUGAUAUAUUGGAUGUGACAGAGAAAGAAAAUGGCGAGACGGUGUUGCACAAAGCUGCCUCGUUGUGCCAGAGGACGAUCUGUCACUACUUAGUGGAGGCAGGAGCUUCUCUAAUGAAGACAGACUUGCAGGGUGAUACCCCGAAGCACAGAGCAGAAAAAGCAAAGGAUGCGGAGCUGGCGGCGUACCUGGAGAAUCGGCAGCACUACCAGAUGAUCCAACGUGAGGACCAGGAGACAGCAGUCUGACCUCUGACCUUUAACACGCCUUCCCCCUUUGGAGUCUGGAGCUGUCUACUUGUGCCAAACCAAUAAAGUAAAUAAGAAUGGACUAGCUCAUAAUAAAAGGCUCCUUAUAUAUGGGGUGAAUAUUUACUGUAACUCCUAACCAACUCUAGAGCUAAGAGACGCACGUACACACGUUAUGAAGAGACCUGCGGGUUUACCGGCUUGACUAAACUUGCAUCCAUUUCACCAUCCAUCAUCAUUUAUUAGUGUGUUUGUGUCAGAAUGUAUGGCGAGGGUUGGGGUUUUCUUUGUUAAUGCAGUCACUAAUCUGUGUGACUUUUACAGAGCAAUCAUUGUUGAAAGGUGUCUUAAGAUGGUAUGGGACUGUGAUUCGAUGUAUGAUGUGAGCUCUCUGCAGCACUGAUCACACAGCUCAGAAUUUCAACUUUCAUGUUUUUGUUCAAAAUAAUGCUAGUGUUAAUAAGGAGAAUAUGGUUAUUGCUUUGCAGGAUCUUACAUUUCAGAGAUUUACAGACUUAUUUGUUUACCCAAACUAAGUGGAUGAGUGUUGAAAGCUUUUAGGAUGUGGGGUGCUGGCUUUCAGCUCUCACUGCACUGAAAACAUUUUGAGCCUCUAGUAGCUUUUUCUGGCUUUGCUUCUUUCAUUGUUUUAUUUUCUUCUCUUCUCUUCUGGAAAGGUUUCCUUCUAAUAACUUUUGGUACUGUAAGUGUAUCUUAUUAGGUUUCUGUCUGAGAAACCUUUGCACUGUAGCUAUCAUUGCCUUCUUUAUUCCACUCAUGAAUUUCUUCAUUUAGAAUUGUUGUACUUAAGUUACAGUUUAUUUGUAAUGCCCUUUUUAAUAGUGAAUAGAUGUUUAUAUAAUUUAUCACUAUAAUAUCUGACUUGUUUUCUUGUCUAAUUAUAUUAUAAAAUACUGAAUAUUUAAUACUUUAUUCUUUUCCGAAUGCAGACCCCCUCCCCCAUUAUCUGUUCUUGAGUUUUCCUGGAUGGUCUCACUGUAUGACAGAAUGUUCUUCUUCAAAUCAACUCUUUAUCUUAAUGCACCAACAUGUGAUUAUGGUAUUUAUUUUCGAUACUCGAUAUAUGUCUAAGUUAAAUUAGAUUUAAAACUAGAUAAUAUUAAAUAAUGAAUUAAAAAUAUUUAAUUUUUAUAGAGGUCACUUUCUUGUGGCCACUGUACAGUUAUAUCUUAUAUAUUUAUUUAUAUAGAUGCCCCCCAACCCCCUCUAAAAAGGGGAAAAAAGAGAUUCCCUUAACAGUAUAACUCAAUGGCCAUGAUAAUGAUACAUAAAAUAGUUUUGGGUCCACUUGUGUAGAAAACAGCAAUCACGUCACAUUUUUCAAGAUAUGCUUAUUCUAUUUGUUAUAUAAUGACAGCUCACACUUUUAUCCUCAAUCUCAACACUCAUUGGAUUGACACUUAACCUGUGUAUAGAAGUUGCCGGUUUUCUUUCUGAAAUAAGACCUGAUGAAGCUGAACUGAGACGGUUUGAGGUUUGAUACUGGCAGUGACAGUUUGAUAAUAGUUUUAUCAAUAGAAAAGGUUCAUUUUAUAUUCUAUUAUACCACAGCAAUCUUGAAUUAAUUUUCUCUAACAGCAGAUCUAAAAGUAGUUUGACUGCAAAUCACAGGUUUAUACUGAUGCAGAAAAAAAUACUUGCUCCACAUGAGUCUUAUAAUAAACAGGUUUUAAAAACUUAAUUGUGGAUAUGGUUUUCUGUGCUGGUGAGUGGAACAAUUAUAGAAGGAGUUUCCAGUAGAAGCUCUUUGCUGCAGUCAUAAGUAAUGCUGAAUCAUGACCUUAUUUGACAUGGGGAAAGUCUUCAGCAGAGAGGUGUUUGAGCUUUGUGAGAGUGACUGUCGAUACUAUAAGAGAAGUAUUGAGGAACUAACUUGUUUUGCAGACUUUUCACAACAGACAAAUGUCUACAUUUAUUACAUUCUGUUCUUUAAUGUAUUUUCAUUUUAUUUUAUUUUUUGCUGUGGUAUAAAAGGAAUAAAAUUUUUGGAUGUGCUAUUAUUGGAAAAUAAUCAUCAUUGAGAAGGUAAAACACUGCCCUGAGUUAUCUCCUUUUUCUUCCAUAAUCUUUUGUGUGAGUGAUUAAUAGUGGUUCCAUCAAAAUUAGAGCAUCUGAUUUAUAUGCCACAUUUAAAUGACUGUCUGGAUGCAUAUUAGAAGAACCUGUGUAAAUAAUAAUACUAGUAUUUUUAGUACAUGUGCUGCUGUAACAAGCACAUAGUGCAUACUAUUUUAAUAUCAUAAAUCUAUAUACCAAGAGUUUUUUUUCCCCAAAAUCCACUUUUUGGUUUAUAGCAAGAAGAAUUAGAGCACAUAAGACAUGGCCACUAGUUCCAUUAUUACUUUUAUUGCUACUUUUUGAGAUUAUAACAUUUAUUUGGAAUAAUUCUCAAAAGAGUGCUGUGAUUUGACUGAAGCUCAUUAUUUUGGACCUAUUUACAGUUAAUAGGACCCAGCAUUGGCUGUAGUCACUGCAUCUGUUAACUUUCCCAUAGUGAAGAAGAAUCAAUACAGAUCAGCAGUUAAGAAGCUGACCUGCACACCGUGCCUUCUUAAAGAUCCACAAAAGGACACAGACUUCAUGUAUUUUAAGAUUCCAAUAUCUUACUUAUGGAGAGAUAUUUCUUUCAAUGCCCAUCUAAUUAAAAAUAAUAUAUUUGUGCUAUCUCCCUUUAUGUUCAUUCAUAAUUUCCUAGGUAGUCCUUAUUAUGAAGUAAGAUUUGGCUUUUUGUAGAGCUUUCUAAGUGAUAUAUGAAAGAACUUUACACACUAUGGAAAAAAUGGUUCCCUCUUAGUAGUGUAUAAAAAAAGCUCCAGAACUGAUAGAUAUGUGUGUGUAAAAUUUAUCUGCCUCUUUAAUUGCCAUGCAAUUCAAACCUGGAACCUUCCAAAUAUUUCUUUUACAAGAGUGCAUGUAAUCUGGUGCAAUAGGCUGUUUAGGUACAUAGAAAUCUAAUGUUUUUGUACUAUAGUUACAGAUUAAUGGUGAAUAAGUAGAGAUUUCACUGAAUUGAUUCUGGUGUGGUCUGCUUCCAGAAAUAAUAAAGGAUAGUAUUUUGAGUAUUAUUAGGAAAUAGUAUGUUUAUUUUCCUAGACUAUACUGUAAUUAAUCUGAUCAGAGUAGAUAUAACUAUGAUACACAUGAUACAAAAACUUUUCUUUUCCUUUUUUCUUUUUUUAAUCUGUUGUGUUUAUAUAUAAUGAUUCUUUGGUCACAUUUUGUAUAAACUCCAGCUUGAACAGCUGUAACUUUGAGAUGCCUAUUGUGUACAUCAGGAGCGUUUAAAAUUCAGGUCUUGAAAGACCACAGAUCUACUGGGAUUUAUGUCACAAAUUUAGCCCAUGAAGGCUUUAGUAAUUAGCUAAUGUGUUGACUCAGGUGUGCUAAAUGUGUUAAAUGAGGUAGAAUGGUAAACUCUGCAGUGCUGUGGCUCUGUUGGGGAGACACCCCUGGAGUGGGUUUAUUAAUGUAUUCUCCAGCUCCAACAUUUCUUUAGUACAUCUUUUUGCAGUUGUCUCAUUUCAUAACCCCUUUCUAGUUUUUCACCUUUGGAGUACCCUUAAGUGCUUAAAUGCUCUAAAGGAAAAAUAGUUCAUAAGAGUGAAUACAAGUUUAUUUUAAUAUGAAACCAGUCUUUUUUCAUAAUAGAGAGUGAAAGGUUUAUGUAGAUUUACUUGAGUGAAUUUAAACCGGAAUCGGUUGCCUGAUACCACUUUACUUCGCUGAGGAAAUACAGCAUUUCUCUCUACUGCAUGCUUGUACACGUUUACUCCAGUGAUUACAUUGCAGGUGAGGGUCACGACUGUAGAUGCUGUCGUAAUCCAGUCCAGAACAGCACACACUCCCUUAAGACAAACUAAACACUCCCACUUCCCCUUAGUUUUUGAAGAUAGACCUAUCUAGUACCCUCUGUGUCCGCUGACUCACUGCCUACAUGCCUGCAGGCUUGUAAUGGAUCACCAACAAGUGGAAAAAAACAGGAUGUGCAUACACAAACACUUAAUAUCUUAAGACCAGGCAUAAACAUUUCCUUCAACAACUAUCACAUUACGUUAAAAGCCAAGUAUGUAUAUAAAUAAUUAGUUCUUAUCUAUUUAUUAACUAGACCUAGACGUAAAUGUUGUAUUAUAAUGGUUUUUUUAGGCGUCUGUUUUUUUGCUGCUCCCUGUUUAAUCUCACUGUUGGAAAGUUUACAGUAUUUCCUAAAACCAAAAUGUUAAUGCCACAAGAGUCUGUAUUCUGUAUACAGUAAAUUCAUUUGAUGAUACAGUGAAAAGGUUGUUGUUUUUUUGCAAUUCUUUUAGUUACUGAAGUUUUGUUCAUUGGCUGUUUUCUUAGAAUGACCAGUUUUUCUGCUUGAACCCUGAAAGAACUCUGUCCACAUGAUUUCACACACUGACCUUAUCCAGGAUGUACCUGCCCUUAGUACUUAAUUGUUACAUUGAACUUAGGUCAACUUCAAUAAACUUACCAAUACAAAUGAUA